AUUAAUACAAAAGCAGCCGAUUAAUGAUGAAAUGUCAGUACAUCUAUUAACAAGAGAGAAAAGUGUCCUACUGUGCUACCACCCCCUAGGAACUGGGAACAGGAUGCAAGAGCAGUGCAGAUAAAGGAACACACACAGGACAGCGCAGCAGAGAGAGAGGGAGAGAGAGGACAUGCAGUUGGGCUACAGCAGCUCAGUUACUAACCACUGACUCCCUGUAAUGCCGCAGAACUGAUGAUCUGACACUCUAGAGGCACCAUGGCUGCUGGAUUGAGGCCGGUGAUCUUGUUGCUGUCGUUGCUGUGUUGUUGGAAACUGACCAUGGGCAAAGAAGGAAAAUCCAAGGGAAAGGCAGGCAAGCAAGUCGUCUGUCCAUCCCAAUUGACCCCAGAAGAUUUGGCCGAUGUUCCAGCGAAUGCCACCUCCAACAUCUUGAACCGUCUGAUGGCCAGCUAUGACGCAAGAAUAAGGCCUAACUUUCAAGGCAUCCCAGUGGAGUCCAGGGUGAACAUUUUCAUUAACAGCUUUGGGUCCAUCCAGGAAACUACUAUGGACUACAGAGUGAACAUAUUUCUUCGUCAGAGAUGGAAUGACCCUCGCCUGCGACUUCCCACAGACUUUAAGAACGACGCACUGACUAUUGACCCCAACAUGUUCCAGUGUUUGUGGAAACCAGACCUUUUCUUUGCCAAUGAGAAAAACGCAAACUUUCACGAUGUCACCCAGGACAACAUUCUCCUCUUCAUAUUUAGGAAUGGAGAUGUAUUAAUCAGUAUGAGGCUGUCCGUGACGCUGUCCUGUCCCUUGGAUCUUAAACUCUUCCCGAUGGACACACAGUUGUGUAAGAUGCAGAUGGAGAGCUUUGGCUAUACCACCAGUGAUCUUGUGUUCAUGUGGCAGUCUGACCCAGUUCAGAUGGAUGAGAUUGCUCUCCCUCAGUUUGACAUCAAACAAGAGGACAUCAGAUAUGGGAACUGCACAAAGUACUACAAAGGAACAGGAUACUACACCUGCAUUGAGGUCAUUUUCAAAUUGCGUCGGCAGGUUGGCUUCUACUUGAUGGGAGUUUAUGCUCCAACUCUGCUGAUUGUUGUUUUGUCCUGGUUAUCAUUCUGGAUCAACCCUGAUGCCUCAGCUGCACGGGUGCCAUUGGGUAUUUUAUCAGUCCUCUCUUUGUCCAGUGAGAGUAUGCUCCUGGCAACAGAGCUACCGAAGGUUUCCUACGUAAAAGCCAUUGAUAUCUGGCUCAUUACCUGCCUCCUUUAUGGGUUCUCCUCACUGGUGGAAUACGCUGUGGUGCAGGUGAUGCUGAACAGUCCCAGACUGAUUGAGGAGGAGAAAGCCAAAAUGGCCACGAAGGAGAAAGCUUUGCAAGAGAAAGAAGGAAAGAAUAAAACUUCAAAUAAAAUUAACAACACAGUGAAUGGGACUGGUGGAACACCCAUACAUGUCAACACUCUGCAGGUGGUAGAAACUCGCUGUAAGAAAGUUUGCACCUCCAAGUCGGACCUUCGCUCCCAUGACUUCAGCAUUGUGGGAUCUUUACCUCGAGACUUUGAACUUUCCAACUUUGACUGUUACGGUAAACCAGUUGAAGUGUCAGGGGCCCUCAAGUCCCAGACCAAAGCCAAAAAGAAACCGUCACCCAACCCUCUACCUGCCGCUCCCAAAACGCUGACCCUAUCGACCCUUUUCCCCCUUUACCUUUUCCUCUUUUUUCAAGUGGUCUACUGGUCUGUCUUUUGUGGGGGGUGGAGAGGGGCGGUUUGAAAUAAAAGGGUUUUUCAUCUGUAGUUUUUUCCCAUAGAUUGAAACUCCCAUUGCCCUCCAAACGCGUGCA